AUGCCGAAACGGAAGCGAGACGGCGACAGCGAAUGGGAGAGCGCAAGCGAUACAUCGGAACCGCAACAGCACUCCUCCCGCCGUCGACGGCUCGUGGAUAAUGAACGCAUUAACAUCAUCAACGCUCUUCAUGCGUUCAUACAGGAAGAGCGCAGGACGAACUUCUCAUUCCUGUCACAACAUAGCCACUAUCACAAACAUCAAAACGAGCUACUCGUAGUAUCACAGGCGGAUGCCGACGAUGUUAAAGUGGUGUGUGAUAGCGCCAGGCACGAUACGACUGCCUACAACAACUGGUUUACCUUCACCGAGCCGCUGAGGUCCGACGGCUUCGCCCGCACUGUCGUGAUCGAUGUGCCAUCCGGCAGCAGUGUGGCAGUCGAAGAUCUCACCAUUACCGAGUUCGGUAAAAUCAAAAAGACACGGCGUAAAGCAGCGGCCUGGAUUCGCGAUACAUACUGCACUGCCGAAGACGAUAUGUGGGCGAUGAGGCUCCCGGAACCUCAGUACGAGGAGCAGCGCUUGUGGUGGGAAGGUACUGGGCAAGCUUUCCGGCUGCUGGACUUACCUCUGGAGAUGCGCGAAGCCAUCUACUUACACGUCAUCGGGCCAGUCGUUGUUCCGGAUAUUGUUACACAAGGUGGCGCUGAGAAGCUUGUGCUUGGAUACGGGCUGUCGUACGACAAUCCCGAUCGCGUGGGGCGCAACCGAGACCCCAAUAUACAGCGCCCAAAUAUGGAGAUCAUGCGCGUCAGUCGCCAGGUAAAGGUGGAAGCCACUCACGUUGCCAACCGCGAUACUGUAAAGCGAUUCACAACGAUUCGUACGCGUGGGGAUGGAAUUGGGCCCGCCACGCCACCUAAAGAGAUCUGGCGCAAACUCGGGCAAUUACCAACGCCUGAUAACUUCCUGAAGAGGCUUCAACUCGAGAUGGCUGCGACUGAGUUCUUGGCGUUCGGGGGCAUUUGUCCUCAACUUGGACAGCCGCUUGCGAGGGGCGUUGUUCCAAUCAAUGUCACUUCCAUGGCCCGGUUGAGAAACCUCGAUACCAUCGAUUUCCGUUUCAUUGGUCCCGAACAUGAGCUUGCCAACUGCCCUUGGAAGCCCCUUCAUCCAUGCCAAAAGAAGUGGAUUGACAUCUUUUUUAUCACGGCCUGGAAUGAUCUAGUCACUCUCCGGAAUACAAAAGGAAUCAAGUAUACCAUGAGCGGUUGCAUCAAAGAUUCUACCCGGAAUUACUGGACUGGGCUACUGAACGACAAGCGCAAUGACCAUACUGCCGGUAUACGUAUUCUCGAACAGGACCUUCAGAUCGCCAUAACGAACACUACCUCGCUGGCAUGCGAAUGCUCCAACCCAUGUGUAGGCGGGCCACGCUUAUUCCGGGUUCAGCCGCACGAAAUGAGAUUGAUCGACGGCAUACAGGCGGAGCUGGAUAAGGCGUAUUGGGAUUUCGAGGACUGA